AUGCCCCGGCUCAUACGCCGCCAACCAUUGACAGAGCGUAUCAAAUCCUAUCUAAACCCCUUGGACUUUCUCCUAUGGCUGUCGGAAGAGAUAGAUGCAAAUGAUUGGGAUCAGUUUGAGAAGGACUGGGCACUUCCUUUGGGUGUGGCCUUAAAUGUGGUCUUUCUGAUCGCAAGAGCCAAUACUCAACCCAGUGGCGGGAGAGCCAUAGACGAUGUUUUCGGCGAAGAUGGAGGUACUCCCUGGCUCAGCUGGUUUGCUUCGUUCGUCGUUCAUCUACUCGCGUGUUUUACCGGGCUUAAUAGUCUCUAUACAUUUUACCGCAAACGACACUAUCGCAUGUUUGAAGCAUCAAUUGAUCGCGCACCUGCGACACCAUCGGCUCACCGUGUACGUGUUGACUCAACUCCAGCCUCACCGCUGCGAUACUUUGCAAAUGCGAUUUCCGGGUCGGCACGUUCAAGAGCGCACCCCGAUGCGCAGCGCGACGUGUGGGAACUUGCCGUGUGGGACCCUCUACCGAUAUGUUUGCGGUUGUUCUGCCUUUUUAGCCCCGGGCACGUUUUAGUUUACUGGCUUUUCCUGCCUACACAACUGUCAGAUCCUCGACCAAGUGUUACCAUUGUGACGACAAUCUUUUUGACAACGCUUUUGUCAGUACAGAUGACAUUUCUAUCAUCCUCUUUUAAGCAACAGGCCAAGGAUUCUACCCUGGUACAUAAAGAAGUGUUGAAAGAGUAUGACACAAAAUAUGUACAUCCUCGAACUCAGCCUUUAAUGAGAGAUGUCGGUACUCAAUUUUCUGGCGCAGAUGUCACCCAAUCCGGCUCCAAAUCCAAAUCUAACAAAGUGGACACUUAUACUCCAACAUUCAUUGUCCAGCGGGGGUUCAAGACCAGCCCGAACCCCAACUACCUUAAACACGUUGACCCGGAUGGUAUUUCUUCUGGGCGUCAAUCACUAGCUGGAACCCCUUCUGGCCCGUCUCAAUACCAAGGCUCACUGCAAACACCAAGUCAUUUGCGGGACACUUCUCCUAUUGUUCGAGGUCCGAUCUCGUCAAUUCGGCAGCCGCAGUUUCGUCAAACCCCUACCGCCACGGGAGAUGGUGGCAGUCUUGGUAUCUACUCGCAUGCUAAUUCUCCGUUGAGGAAAUCAAGUUCCACGAACUUUGACCGCCGUCUCCGAAGUACUGGGGAUUUCUUUUAUAGGGAGCGAGGUGGAAGUCCAAUGAAGAAGCCGUCUAGCCCGCUGAAGAGAAGCAAUGUUCCUGGUGACGCGAGCGCCAUUGCGUCAGGUUCAAGACGAAGUCAUCUCGACUUACGUCGCCAGACAGGAAGGUUCUAA